AUGGAACCUCGAGUAACUGGCAGAGAGAUAGUUAUAGCUGAAAACACUAGAAUGCAAGUAAGAAUUUACGAAUUGCAACAAAGAAUUAUUGCUUUGAAUACUGAUAGAAACGAAUUGAUUUGUGAAAAUACACUUUUAAGAAAUAGAAAUGAGGAACUUGUAACUAAAAAGAAUCAAUUUGAAACUGAUAAUAUUCAGAUUCAUGAAAAGGAGCAUUAUAAAGCUGCCAAUAUCAAAGAGUUUGAAGAUUUUAUUUCGAAUUAUAUUUUUGGCUUGUUUAAUAAUAUUGGAACAUUGUUUCGAUUCGAUAAUCAAAAUAUU